AUGUCUUCUAGCAGCUGGCUUUUCGCCGUCGCCCUAAGCGUCACGCUGGCGUCGUCCGCACUGGCUGAGUGCGUCACGUACGGCUUCUGCGGCCGAGACGAGGACUCCGACAAGCCGCUGCCCUGCGCCGUCAAGCGUAAAUCCGCCCCUCUCGAGAGCAGCUUCCUUGAGGAGGCAUGCCCCGCGCUGGUCGACGGCAGGGCCGCGUACGCCUGCUGCGACGCUGAGCAGGCGGCUGCCUUCAAAGCCGAGUACAAGUCCCUCACCAGCCUCGGCGUGCGCAAGGACAGCAAGUGCUUCAAGAACUUCCAGAACCUCGUCUGCCAGGCCUUCUGCUCACCCAGACAGUCCACGUUCGUCGCCAUCAACGGCACCAGCAGCAGCGGUGAGAAACUCUCAGCCACUGAGUCGGUCUACGCGGUGCACAAGAACUUCGCCCAGCAAGUGUACGACGCCUGCAAAGACGCUCGCACCCACGUGUUCGGCGUCAAGCUGAUGAACUUCAUGUGCGGGAAGGGCGGUGGCCGCAACUGUUCGCCCCAGCGCUUCCUGGACUUCGUGGGUGCCGUCUACUCCGAGGGCGGCUACUCGCCGCUCAAGAUCCGCCACGUCCUCACCGAGAGCCCGAUCACGGUGAAUGGCCAGACGCUGGAACCUUUCAACCCUAAGAUCCUGUGA